AGGAAACAAAUAUAUUAUUCGUAAACAACUAUAAUUAUUCUUUACACACGUUGCAAAUUAAGUGCUAAUCAUGGUGAAGAAGAAGCAGAUCGAAUCUAAACUGAACAAGGAAGAGCUUAUGCUAUUGACAAUUGGAGAGAUAAUUCAAGAAUUACUGAGAGGAUACCAGGAAAAUAAAGAUGUCAACCUAAACAAACUAAAGACACGAAUUGCUGCAAAACAUGGUUUGGAUUCUUCACCAAAAUUGGUGGACAUUAUUGCUGCAGUGCCUGCUGAAUUUAAAGAUAUACUAAUACCGAUGUUGAAAGCUAAACCUAUUAGAACUGCUAGCGGAAUUGCUGUUGUAGCAGUGAUGUGUAAACCACACAGAUGUCCACAUAUCAACAUGACAGGAAACAUCUGUGUUUAUUGUCCAGGAGGACCAGAUUCUGAUUUUGAAUAUUCUACACAAUCUUAUACUGGAUAUGAGCCUACGUCAAUGAGAGCAAUACGUGCUAGAUAUGAUCCUUAUUUGCAGACUAGACAUCGUGUUGAGCAGUUGCAACAAUUAGGUCACAAUGUUGACAAAGUGGAGUUUAUCAUUAUGGGAGGAACCUUCAUGUCUCUGCCAGACGAAUAUAGAAAUUAUUUUAUACAAAAUCUACACGACGCAUUAUCUGGUCAUAGAAGCAGCAAUGUCGAAGAGGCAGUCCAAUACUCUGAACGCAGUCGCACCAAGUGUAUCGGAAUCACUAUUGAAACCAGACCUGAUUACUGUCUGAGAAAACAUCUUUCGGAUAUGUUACGUUACGGAUGUACGCGUUUAGAAAUUGGUGUACAAUCUGUGUACGAAGACGUGGCACGCGACACCAACAGAGGACACACAGUGCGCGCCGUGAGUGAGAGUUUUCAAUUGGCGAAAGACGCUGGAUUCAAAGUGAUAGCUCACAUGAUGCCAAAUUUGCCGAAUGUCGAUCUUGAGAGAGAUGUACAGCAAUUUGUUGAAUUUUUCAGAAAUCCCGAGUUUAGAGCGGAUGGUUUGAAGAUUUAUCCGACGCUCGUUAUACGCGGUACCGGUUUGUACGAAUUGUGGAAAACUGGAAGAUACAAGAGCUACGAGCCAAGCGUGCUCGUUGAUUUUAUAGCUCAUAUUCUGUCUUUGAUACCACCUUGGACACGUGUCUAUCGUGUGCAACGCGAUAUUCCUAUGCCGUUGGUAAGUUCUGGCGUGGAGCAUGGAAAUCUACGUGAAUUAGCGCUGGCCAGAAUGAAGGAUCUAGGGACGCGAUGCCGCGACGUAAGGACACGCGAGGUUGGAAUUCAGGAGAUUCACAACAAAGUGAAGCCCUACGAAAUAGAGCUUAUACGGCGCGAUUAUGCAGCCAACAAAGGAUGGGAAACGUUUUUGUCAUACGAGGAUCCCGAUCAGGAUAUCCUAGUCGGCUUGCUCAGGUUGAGAAGGCCUUCCGACGAUACGUUCAGACCGGAAUUAAAAGGAUCAGUUUCCAUAGUGCGAGAGCUUCACGUUUACGGCAGCGUGGUGCCCGUUAGCGCUCGCGAUCCCACAAAGUUUCAGCAUCAGGGUUUCGGCACUCUUCUGAUGGAAGAAGCGGAGCGCAUAGCAAGAGAAGAACAUUACUCUAAGAAAAUUUCUGUAAUUUCAGGUGUUGGCACUCGCAAUUAUUACAGAAAAUUAGGUUACGAACUAGAUGGUCAAUUCAUGUCUAAAAUGCUUAUAUAAUAAACUGUAUAUGUACAUGUAACAAACAUUGAUUUGUAAGUUAACUCUAUACCAAAUAAAUAUUUUUACUGAGA